AUGGUAUUUGGUGAUUUUGAAACCUCUUUCAAGACAUUGCCCCGAUACAUGGUUGCCUUAAAAUAUUUCAAUCCGGGGACCGUUGUUGAGUGGGAGCACGAAUCAACUACAAUGCAAGGUGAACACAUCUUCAAGUUUCUUUUCUGGGCUUAUAAACCAAGCAUCGAUGGAUUCAAAAGUUGCAGGCCUGUCAUCUCAAUAGACGGUACUCAUCUGUACGGUAAGUAUGAGAUGAAACUGCUAAUUGCUGUUGGAAUUGAUGCGAACAAUAACAUUUUUCCACUUGCAUAUGCUAUUGUUGCACGUGAGAGCUUUGAGUCUUGGACGUGGUUCCUUGUGUUGUUGUGGAGACAUAUUGUUCGUGAGAGACAAGGAAUUGGACUUAUUUCUGACCGUCAUCAGGGCAUCUUGCAAUGUGUCCAAACACAUGAUUGGUUACAACCACCAUCCACACACCAUAGAGCACCAGAAGAAGAAAUAUAA